UUCAAGAAGAACACUCGUGCUGUCAUCCGAGAUUCUUUUCGUGCCUUCUUAGAACAGGUUUCACUUGGAAAAUGCUGCUGAUACUGCUCACACUGACGGCUUUUGGCCUGGUCCAAACGCUGCCCAUCGACGAGGUCGAAAUGCCGGCGACCAGCGAAGGGCCCGAUUCGGCGGGACGAGUGGUCUUCGAUCAGCGGCAGACUGGCAGAUUCAACAUCCACGUGAGCAUCAAGGAUGUGGCCAUCAUCGAGGUGGGCCAAAACGGACUGGCCGAGGAGACAUAUAACGAUGAGGAGGAUUACUACUAUGAUGACAGUGCGUUGACCGUCAAACCGAUCAAGUUAACCACAGCGGCGAGCACCACAACAACGAGCACCACAUCGGUGGCCGCACCACCGGAAAGUACAAUCUCCACCGUGGCAAGUUCCACUGUGGCAACCACAACAGCCAGCGAUUCCCAGCUGAACAGCAGUUUUAGCUCGAAUCUUUUGGCUGACAUUGCGGCCAGUUUAGCGAAACCAAAAUCCAGGUUAAACAACCUAAUGAUUGUGGAGACGCCAAUCGGUGGGACACCUAAGCCCGUACAACAUCCCAUCCUUCAUGCCAGAUCCAAGGAUAUUCCCAUUGUGGCAGCAGCUGCAGCAAUUACCCCUCCCCCUCUGCCCGAGAGCAUUGAGUACACUCCGCCCAAAGGUCACAACUCGCCCAUUUUCAAGGUCAAGGUUCAACGAUCUUCGAUGCCGGCAACCAAGAAACCCGUCCGCUGCCGAAACCACCAGGUGCGAGAUGCCCAGGGCAAGUGCUCCGACUCGAUCUACAGAAAGCUGUACAAAAUGCUGAUGGGGAUGAAUUUCCCCUUUUUCGCAGCGGCCAAUGCUGCAGAAAGCACUUGAUGACUUAACAACACAAAUUAUGGGAUACUUUACUCAAAAAAACUAAAGUGUUUAGUUGCCUCUAAUUGGAUCUUAGCCAUAAGCGUGAAAUACAUUGACUGAAAAUAAAUU